AUGGCCUUUCCCAAGAGCGUAGAUCGAGCGUCCACGAAGGACGGUCUCGACCACACGUCCCUGAACCUUGUGGCCGUCAUAGGCAGUGAGCUUAUUUUUGAAGAAAGUGCGCAUGUUUGCGACAGAAUGGUGCUGUUCCGGGUCGAAAAUGGCAAAAUCGGCGUCCAUGCCCGGAGCUAUGGCACCCUUUCUGUGUUCGAGGCCGACCUGUUUGGCGGUGUUCUCGCAGCACCAUUUGGAGAUGUCCACGAGAGUGACACCAAACUUCUGGCCCUCGGUGUAGAGCAGCGGCAGGCCAAAACCGACCGAGGAAAUUCCUCCCCAGGCCUCGAAGAAGUCGCCUCUCUCGAGCCCCUUGAGCUCGGGGGUGCAUGGCGAGUGGUCGCUCACCACAGUGGUGAUAAUUCCUUUCUGGAGGCCGUGCCAGAGCUCUUUCCGGUUCUCGUCCGUACGGAUCGGUGGACAGCACUUGAACUGGGUGGCACCGUUGGGGAUGUCCUCGGAGUUGAGCGUGAGGCCAGGAACGAGGAGUAUGCGGUCGGGUCAACCGACUUGAGCUCGCUGUUUUCCUCGAUGGCUUUUUCCAACGGUGUGAUCUCGUCGUCCAGGGACAGCGCCUGGAUCUGUGGCGACUUGGCCAUCUGCGAGAUGUGUCCGACGGUGGGCUCGACCGGCUGCAGAGUUGGCGAUGAGGCCAGCAGCUGUGCCUGGUGA